AGGGAACGACUUGCCAUUUUGGCGGUAAAGAAUUUAUUCGUAGUAAGAACCAAACACUAGCGCGAAAUAGAAUUUAGUAAUAACCGAGCUUUGCAUCAUCAAAUUUCUCACCGCGAAAUACGGAAGCGGAAUUUUGUCGGUUAACUUUGAAGUCGAAGGAGCUAUUUAGAAGAAUUUAAUGAGCAGGAAAUAUUUUCAGAUAUUCAUUCACAUAUUUUCUGAACAUUUCUGCGUGGGAGAUCACAUGCAACACUGAGCCAUCAUGUUGGAGUGGCUGACAAUGUCGCUGCUCAUUGGAGCAGCAGCGCUGAGCGAGGCGCAGUACGCACCAACGUGGGAGUCGCUGGACGCGCGGCCGCUGCCCGCCUGGUAUGACGAGGCCAAGAUUGGCAUCUUCAUCCACUGGGGCGUCUUCUCGGUGCCUUCCUUCGGCUCCGAGUGGUUCUGGCAGGACUGGCAAGGAUCUAAAGAUCCUGCCUACGUGGAAUUCAUGGAGAAAAACUACCGGCCUGGGUUCACGUACCAAGAUUUUGCUGCGAUGUUCACGGCAGAAUUUUAUAACCCAGUCGACUGGGCGGACAUUUUCAACGCGUCUGGGGCCAAGUACGUCGUGUUGAUCAGUAAGCACCACGAGGGCUACACCAACUGGCCCUCCAAAGUCUCCUGGAACUGGAACUCCAUGGACGUGGGCCCCAAGCGUGACUUGGUCGGGGAGCUGGCUGAAGCGAUUCGUGCAAAUCACUCGCUCAUCCACUUCGGCUUGUACCACUCCUUGUACGAGUGGUACAAUCCACUCUACCUGAAAGACAGGAACAACAGCUUCCAGACCAACUAUUUUAUCGAGACCAAGACUAUGCCAGAGCUUAUUGAACUGGUGAACUCUUAUAAACCAGAGGUUAUUUGGUCUGACGGGGACUGGGAGGCGCAAGACUGGUAUUGGAACUCUACGUUGUUCCUGCAGUGGCUCUUCAACGACUCACCUGUGAAGGAUACGGUGGUGGUCAACGAUAGGUGGGGCAUUGAUAUUCCUUGCAACCAUGGAUCCUAUUACACCUGCACAGACAGGUACAAUCCUGGAACACUGCAGCCGCACAAAUGGGAGAACGCCAUGACGCUGGACUUGCAGUCUUGGGGCUACCGCCGCAACGCCGCCGCCGUCGACUACAUGACCAUCGAGCAGCUGCUCGAGACGCUGGCCUCCACCAUCAGCUGUGGAGGCAACUUGCUGGUUAACAUUGGUCCCACCCACGACGGGAUGAUCCCCGCUAUCAUGGAGGAGCGUCUGCGUCAGAUGGGCGAGUGGCUUUCCAUCAACGGCGAGGCGAUCUACGCAUCGACGCCCUGGGCCGUGCAGAACGACACACUUACGCCUGGGGUCUGGUUCACGAGUUCGGGUGGCGCAGUUUACGGCAUCGUGUUGCACUGGCCUCAGGACGACCUGCUCACCCUCGCCUCCGUCAGCAGCACCGCCAGCACCUCCAUCACCAUGCUGGCGGACAGCCUUCAGGAGGUCUUGAAAUUCCAGGAAGGUUCGCAAGGCCUGGCAAUUUCACUGCCGCCAAAGUCGGCGGUGAGCAGCCAAUGGGCCUGGGUGCUCAAGAUGGAGGGCGUCAACCCUGUCGCGUCUAGAAGCCAUGGCUCCUUGGCAAGGCGCUUUGACACCUUGGCAGUCCCUCGUCGCUUUGAAUCAUUGACAGUCCCGCGUAGGCACCGCUUGGACGGCCUUGCAACGCCUUGACACAAGGACGGCUAACAUAUGGCUUAAUAUCCCCGUGACGUCUUGACGACCGCACGUUGUCUUGUUGAUUUGAAAGUCCCAUAAUCUAUUAUUGUUUUCCUAAAUUCCUGCUUCCAGUUGUAAAUUCUCUGUAUUCAUUUAGUUAACGCUAAUCUUACCGAUUCAUAAUGAAGCAGAUAAAUUGCCAACGAUCAGAGAACUUGAAGAGUCGAACUGCAACCUUCGAAGCGAAGACUUAAUGCCAUGAUUCUAAGUACUUUUUAUGCAUCAUUAUUGCACAUCUGUAAUAAAAUUACAAUCAUGAAUUUAAGUAAAAGAACUGUUAAGC